AUGAGUUGCGUACUUGAUCACGUAUGCUCACUUCAAAAACGUUUCUGGCCAGAAGACGUGGCUUCUGCAAUCUGAUGUGAUCCCAGGAGAACCACCGACCGGCGUUCCACGGCGGCGUCGUCGUCAAGAUCAACGUCAACCAGCGUUACGCCACGACGGCUACUACUCACGCCGUCCUCAAGCAGGUCGCCUUCGAAGCCGGCGUUCCUCUCCAGGUUCAUCCGAGACGAACUUUGAAAAAAACAGAAAAUGUUCAGAAAAUGAUCGUGAAGAACGAUUCGCCGUGCGGAUCUACGGUUGGUCCGAUUUUGGCGACGAAAUUGGGCCUCCAGACGGUUGACGUCGGUUGUCCGCAGCUUGCCAUGCAUUCUAUCAGGUUAGAAAAAAAAAUAGAUCUCCAUAUAAAUAAAUUUGAGGAAAAUAUCGUUGGAAAAUAAGGAAAAAAGAGAACUUAGCUUUGAAUUUUCAAAGAAAACCCUCAUAAAUGAGCCCAAGAAUUGUUUCGAAAUAGAAAAAUCGAAUCGAAUCGAAUGGAGAGGAAAAUCUUAAUUUUUAAAUUCUAGUCAGAAUGAGCAAAUAACUUUAUGAAUAUUAUGAUAAAAAGAAAUGGAUUUGAGAGAAACGAUCGAAGGAGGAAAAAAAUAGUCGCUCCCAAAAACCAGCAGGAAAAAAUCCCUGAAAAUAAAAUUUCAACCAAAAAUUAAUUUUUCCUGACAAAACUUUGAAAUUUGCCCUGUCUCGUUGAUAACAGUUGAGCUCUAAUGAAAAAAAUUAUCUCAAUUUUUUUAUUUUUGGAAAUUUCACAACGCGAUCUGACUGUUUUUGCUUUUUCUGUAACCAAAAAAAUCUAAAAACUUUUUGACUUAUUUCAAUUAUCAUCUUUGCACAUUCUCAUUGAAAGACAUCGUUUUUUUCCAAUAACUCUGGCUUUUCAGAGAAUUCGCAGACACUUCCAGCAUCCACCAGGCCAUUGAACUUUACAAGGUAGACAUUUUUUUUCAAGACAAAAUGAAUAUUUUAAAUUUCAGAAAUUCUUCUCGCGCCUGCCCCAAGUCCUCUCCAACGUUGUCUAA